AUGAGAGAUUACCGCUCACUUCCGACAAUGAAUAGUAUCUGGACAGACGAGAACUCCUCCGUCAUGGAAGCUUUCAUGAGCUCCUCCGACCUUUCUUCUCUUUGGCUUCCAACACCAAAUUCGGCUGCAUCAACCACCACACCAGGACCCGACACAACCAAACUUCCAUCACAACAACAGCCUCUCUUCAACCAAGAAACUCUCCAACACCGUCUUCAAGCUUUAAUAGAAGACGCAAAAGAGAGCUGGACUUACGCCAUCUUCUGGCAAACUUCUUACGACUACUCUACCAGCAGACAGCUCCUCGGUUGGGGAGACGGUUAUUACAAAGGCGAAGAUGACAAAGAAAAAGCCAAAAAGGUUAUCUUGCCUGAACAACAAGCUCAUCGCAAUAAAGUCCUCCGAGAACUUAACUCCUUAAUUUCUGGCUCGUCUGGCUCAGAUGAUGUUGUUGACGAAGAUGUCACCGAUACUGAGUGGUUCUUUCUCACUUCGAUGACACACUCUUUCGUGAACGGCAGUGGUUUACUGAGCCAGGCUUACUUUAAUUCUUCCCCGGUAUGGAUCAACGAUAGGCUUUCCAUGUCCACAUGUGAACGAACCCGCGCAGCACAUGUUCACGGGCUUCAGACUUUGGUAUAUAUACCAGCACCGUCUUCAAACGGUGUCGUUGAGCUCGCAUCUACUGAGAUAAUUCCACAUAGCGCUGGUAUAAUGGAGAAGGUUCGUUUUUUGUUUGAUUUCAAUAAUCCAGAAGCACGAUCUUGGCCGUUGAAUUCCGGCGACAACGAUCCUUCUUCCAUGUGGUUGGAUAUCCCCGGUGGGAUUGAAAUUAGAGACUCCGUCAAUACUGUUAGCGCCGUUAGUGUAACCACUUCAGCAAAUACAACAAUCACUAAAAAGUUACCGUUUGAAAUUCACGGUGCUUCUUCUAGUGUACCGGAAACAUCCACCGCCGUUAACAUUUCAACUGGUCACCGAGAAAACCAGAACCAAAAUCAGAACCAGACCUUCUUUCCAAAGGAAUUUAAUUUUUCAGGUUCUUUCAAACCGGAAUCCGGCGAGAUUCUGAACUUCGGCGAGAGUAAAAAGAGUUCUUACAGCUCCGCCAAUGGUAAUUUCUUUCCCGGUCCGUCACCGUUUGCUGCCAAUGAGGAAAACAGAAAAAGGAGGUCUCCGGUGUCUAGAAGUAGUAUCGACGAUGGAAUUCUUUCAUUCACUUCUGGAAAACUGUUACAGGCCUCGGGUAUAAAAUCUGGCGGCGGAGAUUCCGAUCAUUCAGAUGUGGAAGUUUCCGUGGUGAAGGAAGCUGUGAGCUGCAGAAUUAUGGAACCGGAGAAGCGGCCUCGGAAGCGAGGUAGAAAACCAGCCAAUGGAAGAGAAGAACCCUUGAACCACGUGGAAGCAGAGAGACAGCGACGAGAGAAACUGAAUCAAAGAUUCUACGCUUUACGGGCUGUGGUUCCGAAUGUUUCUAAAAUGGACAAAGCUUCGCUUCUCGGAGAUGCGAUUUCUUACAUAAAUGAAUUGAAAUCCAAGCUACAAGGGCUUGAAUCAUCUAAAGGUGAAUUGGAGAAAGAACUAGAUACAACCAGGAAGGAACUAGAAAUUGCAACUAAAAAACCAGUUCUGUUAAAUGAAGAAGAAAAAGAGAAAACAAACAACAACUCUAAGUUGAUUGAUUUAGACAUAGAUGUGAAAAUCAUGGGAUGGGAUGCAAUGAUUAGGAUUCAAUGUAGCAAGAAGAAUCACCCUGCAGCGAAAUUAAUGGCAGCGUUAAAAGAGUUGGAUCUUGAUGUGAAUCAUGCAAGUGUUUCUGUUGUUAAUGAUUUGAUGAUUCAACAGGCUUCUAUUAACAUGGGAAGUAGAUUUUACACACAAGAACAGCUUUUAUCGGUUCUUUCUUCCAAAAUUGGUGAUACACAAUGA